AUGACGUCGAUCCCACUGUCUUUUCUCGCCGACCUGCAGCCCCCGCCGCCCUCCACAGGGUCCUCCUCGGGAACACCUCGCCCAGCUCCGCUUCGUAUCAACUUCGCCCUCCCCACCUCCGGCCUCCAUGAACGGCUCGGGCCCAACGACCGCGUCAUGGUCGUGCUCCCGACGAGCCCCGAGAACGCGGUCGCGCUCCUCGCCGUGUCCACCUACCACACCUGCGCGCCCGUCAACGCCGGGUGCACCGCCGGCGAGCUCGCCGAGGACGCGACGCGCCUCGGCGCGAAGGCGAUCCUCACCACGCGCGACGUCUGCGAGCGGCUCGAGCUCAAGCGGCUCCGGGAGGCGCUCCGGUGCGAGGUCGUCUUCCUCCGCGCCCGGACGGACGGGCCCGCGGGGCUCUUCGACGCCGAGCCGCUGGCGGACGCCGGCGGGGUCGGGGCGGACGACUGGGACGUCGUGGCGCAGCCGCGAGGGCGCCGUCGCGGCCGCACGGGCUCGCGGACCAGUCGCUGGUGCUGCACACGUCGGGGACGAGUCGUGCCUUACUCGCUGCGGUCGCUCAUCCUCAGGCCGGACGACGUGAACAUGAACAUGAUGCCCUUGUUCCACGUGGGCGGCAUCGUGCGGAAUCUAUGGGCGCCGAUCUUCGCCGGAGGAAGUGCGAUUAUGUGCGCUGGGUUCGACAGCACUGCUUUUUGGCCGAUUGUCAUGGCCUGCGGAGCGACGUGGUAUUACGCAGCGCCGACGAUGCAUCACGCUAUUUUGGGCUCGAAACCCGAAUCAGUGCAGCCGCUCCGCGACACCCGGAUCCGCAUGAUCGCCAACGCAGCCGGCGGGCUCCUCCCGUCUCUGGCGCAACAACUCAAGGAGACUUUGGGUCGCUACCAGCUCGACCGGCCUGGGUGCUCCGGUCUCGCGUGCGGUCCGCAUCUGUCCAUUCGCGACCCUCUCAACAUCGAGCGCGAGGUUUCGCGAGGCUCCACGGGCGCGGUCUGCGUCCGUGGUGUUCCCACAUUCGAUGGCUACGAAACGUCUCUCGGCGCGCCCCUUGACACAUCCGCGUUCUCAUCCGAAGGCUGGUUCGACUCGGGCGAUGUCGGCUACAUGGACUACGACGGCUACCUGUACAUCACCGGGCGGUCCAAGGAGAUCAUCAACAAGGGUGGCGAGGUCAUCUCGCCGUUCGAGAUAGAGGAGGCCAUCAGCUCGCUGGCCAAGCACCGCGUCAAGGCCACUCUCGCGUUCUCCAUCCCGCACGAUGUCCUCCAGGAGACGAUCGGGGUCGUCAUCGUCCCGGCUCCCGGCGCCCCCCGCGUCGGCCUCCCCGAGCUUCUCGACUUGCUGAAGACACAGCUCCACCCUUCCAAGUGGCCGUUCGCGGUUGUCUACAUGGAAGACCUCCCGAAGAACAACGCUGGGAAGCCUCUCCGGAUCAAGCUAGCGGAACGCCUUGGCUUGCAGCCGCUCACGGACCACACGCCCUCCGUCCUACGCCACUUCGAGGCGGACACCCCGCCCAAGGAGGCCGCCCUCUCUCAGCCGAUAUCUUGCCGCCGCGUCGCCAUCAACGUCGGUGACAUUGAGCGCGCGCUCGCGAGCCUUGACGGUGUGGUCGAAGUGGCUGUUCGCCUCCGGAAGAAUGGUUCUCCCGAGGCGUUGGUUUCGGUCGCCCCGGCCUCUGCGCCCGUGGACGUAACUUCCAUAUGCGACACCCUGUCUUCCAUGAUUCCCGGUUACGCCAUCCCCGACCCUCUUCUCGUCUUUACCGAGCCUCUCGCCAGGACUCGCGAUGCGGCUGUGGACUGGGAGCACAUGGAAGCGGCGGUCGCGCGACGCAACGCGACGGCGAUGUCUCCCCACGCCCUCCUCGUCCGCGACAUUGUGGCAGAUCUGCUUGUCAAGGACCCUGGCACCAUCACCGGCGACGCCGACUUCUUCCUCCUCGGAGGCAACUCCCUCCUCAUCGGUCGCCUCUCCCACCGCAUCCGCAAGGAUACGGGGGUCACGCUGCGCGUGCCGGACAUCUUCGCACACAGCACCAUCAACGGGAUUGCCUCCCUCAUCGAGACGAACGGUGGGUCGGUCCUCCUCGACUUCGACAAGACCGCGGUGAACACCGAGGUGAACAACUCCAAGGCCUCGUCCCGGCACUCGCUCGCCGACACCCUCGACCUGCCCACCUUCGACCAGUCGAUCAAAGUCAGCCUCAAGGUCGAUGACCGCGGCCGCAGCCAGUACCACCCGCUCGCUCUUCUCGUCCAGACCAUUCCUCUCCUGUUCAUCUACCCGAUCAAAACCUCGUUCACUUGGACCGGGAUCGUUUACAUCUUGUCGGUCUUCACCCAAUUCGUCGACAGCUCUUACUGGUUGCGCAUCGGCUCACUUCUCCUCGCGAUCGUCGGCGCCCGCCUGGUGGUCAAGAUCGUCUUCCCUCUGUUUGCCAUCGCGUUCAAGUGGGUGGUUAUCGGUCGAUACAAGCCGGGGACGUACCGCUUCUGGAGCAACUAUCACCUCCGCUGGUGGAUCACGAACCAGGUGAUCCGUGUCCUGGGUCGUGGAGUUUUCGCCGCGCACCCGUCGACGGAGAUUCUCUACUACCGUCUUCUUGGCGCACGCAUCGGCAAAGACGUGUACAUCGACCCCAAGGCACGCCUCGGCGAGUUCGAUCUCCUCACUCUGCACACGGGAUGCCGCAUCGACAACUCUCUGGUCCGCGGGUUCUGUGUCGAGCGCGACGGCUACUUCACCCUCGACCGCAUCGUCAUCGGCCGCGGGGCGACUGUGAACACCUACACUCAGCUGGCUCCUGGUACCGUCAUUCCUGAUGGCUCGACCUACGGUCCUCAUUCUUCCUCUCACGACGGCCCGGCUCCCAACGAUUUCUCGCAGUACAACCGCGGCGCCUUCCGUCAACCCCACUGGGCUCUCAAGGUCUUCGUCGCCGCACCAAUUAUCUUCCUCGUCAAAUUCGCCUCCUACCUUCCCUGGUUCGCCGCGCUCAUCGCCCUCCUCUCUCAGCCCGCGCCGCAGGGCGACUUUACCGCUCUGGAGAGAGUCAUCGUCUGGUUCGCGUCUCCCACCCGGGUGGCCUGGCACAGCGUCGCCCGUGUCGUCCGCGUCAUCUUCCCUCCCCUUGUCCAGCUCGUCCUUGGGAUCAUCAUCAAGCGCAUCAUGGGCUUCAACCGCGAGGGCCCUGCCGCCGACGCCUCUCAGUGGGACCUCCUUCGCCGCUUCAUUAACAGCGUCCUCCUCAGCCAGAGUGCCAUCAAGCGCUCCUUUGACAUCAUCGGCUCGCACUACGAGGUCACGUCGAUGGUCUGGCGUUGCAUGGGCGCAAAGAUCGGCAAGCGCGUCUACUGGCCUGGCUCAGGUGUGUACUGCCCCGACCCGGAGCUCUUCGAGGUCGGCGACGACGUCGUGUUCGGGUCGCGCUCGGAGGUCUUCACCACCGACGGGCACGGCUCUGCGCGCGUCGUCGUCCGCGAUGGGGCCAUGAUCGCGGACCGCGUCGUGCUCCUUCCCGGCACCACGGUCGGCAAGCGCACGCUCAUGGGCUCGGGCGCGCUCGGGAGGCGGGAGGCGACGUACGAGGACGGCUCGGUGUGGAUGGGUUCCGAGCGCGGCGAGGCGGUCUGUUUCAAGACGGGCGGGCAGGACGCGGACCACGACUCUCCGACGGUCACUCCCUUCGGCCGCGCGUUCUACGAGCGCAAGGCGUCGUACUUCGUCUUCCCCUACCCCCUGCUCGUCGUCAUCAAUGUCCUCGUCGCCAUCGUCUGCGCCGGGUACUGGUCGAUCGCCGCCGUCGUGGGCACGCAGGUCCUCAAUCUGCUCCGGAUUCACCUCCACCACCUCCACCUCUUCGCGGACGGCUGGCGCCAGAUCUUCAUUCUUUUCGGCCUGAUUUCCUGCUGGUUCAUCAGCACGCUCAGCCUCCAAGCCGUCGUCGCCCUCGUUUACACCGUCGUCAUGAAGUGGCUGAUCAUCGGCCGCCGCGCUCCCGGCGGCUACGACUGGGACAAGAGCUCGUACUGCCAGCGCUGGCAGCUCCACCUCGUCGCCUCCAAGCCGCUCUACCGCGGGUACGGCCACGGCGGCAUUCUGGGAUGCAUCAGCGGCUCCGUCUACGCGGUGUGGUACCUCCGCGCUCUGGGCGCGAAGGUCGGCCGCGACUGCGCCAUCUUCGCCGGCGGCUGGGUCGGACUCAUGACGGAGCCCGACCUCGUCGAACUCGGGGACCGCGUCGCGCUCGACAACUGCUCCGUCGUCGCGCACAUCAACUCCCGCGGGAAGUUCUCCCUGAACAGGCUCACCAUCGGAUCAUCCGCCGCGCUGCGGUCCGGCUCGCGCCUCCUCUCCGGCGCGAACAUGGAGGAAGGGUCGAUGCUUCUCGAGCACACCCUUCUCACGUCGGGCGAGAUCGCGGAGUCCGGCGGCGUUUACGCAGGCUGGCCCGCGCGGCUUCUCGAAGGAGAGAAGGGCUCCCACCGGCAGUCGUCGUACCAGCUCAUGUCGGCCCUGCACCUCAGCUCGCGCUACCGCAAGCUCCAGCGCGCGACGCGCGACAUGCGGGACGAGAAGCGGAGGCUGGACGAGAAGCUCGAGCUCGGCCAGCGCCAGCUGCGCGAGGCCAGGCGGCAGCUCGAGGCAUGUAUCCUGCUCUGCCCCGUGUUCUCUGACGUUACCGCAUCUCCGGACCUGCCGCUCCUUGUCCGUCUUAGUUCUUUACUCUCGUUCCACUGCCAGCUAAUUGGCUUAACUCACACUCCUUAG